AUGGAGUCCACCCAUCUCCUGGGAGGUGCUAAGAAGCGGGUAAAGAUCCACCCUCACACCGUCACAGCCAAGUAUGCCACGCAGGCCCCCUACUCCCCACAACCCGGCGUCCAUACGCACUUCCCCCAGCCCGGCGACGAGGGCUAUGACGACGCCCCGUCCUUUGAGGACUUCGGCUCCUUCCUGGAGGAGACCUCGGACAAGAAGCGGCUGACCGAAGCAAAAAGGUGGCCGCUGUCUCUGUUUGGCUCCAAAGACAAGGACAAGACCGUCGCGCCUAGACCUCCGGUUGGUGGGGAAGGAGGAGCCAGGGCCGCUAAAGGAGUCGGGGAGCAACUGGCCAGUUUCGGGGAGGCCUCGGUGUCAGCGUCGCGGCUCACCUGGGUUGGGCUGCUAGGGGCGGCGCUAGCUAACGGCUGUGUCAUUGUUCUAACCCGGGCAGCCUCGGAACGGUUUAACCUGGGCCCCCUAUUUCUCCUCUUGGUUCGGUCUGUGGUUCAGCUUCUGUCGGUGACUGUGCCCCUGUACAAGGGGGAGAACCCAUUCGGACCUGAAGGCUACCGCCUCCGUCUGCUGUGUUAUGGUGUUGCAUACUCACUGUCCUUAUGCUGCGCUUACUCCUCCUUGAGCUUCACCUCCCCUGAGGACGCCGCCCCUGCUUGGCGCCUGGCCACCACGGUGCUGUCCGCCACGCUGGCGUUCCUGUUGCUGGAGGAGCGUCUGGGUUUAGCAGACAGUAUUACCCUGGCAGCGGGGCUAUGCGGUUUGGGGGUUCUCCUGCUUCCUACUGUGGAUGAAAGUAAUUCUGAUUCCCCGACAGACCCCGUGGUAUUCUGGAAGGGCGCGUUUGGGUGGUCACUGUCGGCCCUGGCGGGGCUGUGGAUGGCUCUGGCCCUGGUGGGGUACCGAUCUCUGAAGGAGAGGGUGGGCGUGGCUACGGCUCUUUUCACAGUGAGCUGGACGGGUUGCGUGCUCACCCCAGCCUCGUUGGCCUUGCUCCAGGAGGGCUGGUCCUGGCCAUCCGAUGCACCCGGUUGGUCCCUGGUGGCGGCUUUGGUGGUCUGCUCGACUGCCGCCUUCCUAGGGAUGACGCACGGGCUCGCUCGCAUCCACCCGGCACUGGUGUCGGCCAGUCAGAGCCUGGAGGCGCCCCUGGCUACAACGGCCCACCUUGCCAUGAUGCGGCUGGCCCCCGGUGCCCCCGAGGUAGUCGGUAACGCCAUGGUGGUCCUAAGCGUCGGCUGGUUGGUGACCAUGAAGCUGUUGCCGUCUCGCGCGGCCAGCCGGCGUCAUCGGGAAGAAUACGAGGAGAUUUUAGACUCACCCAUUAAAUAA